CACCCUGGCCUCGAGAUGUGUGGCUGCAGAGCAAGCAUUCCCAGCACCGAGCAGUACUCGGUCAAUCAGCCAGUUCCUGCUUCCACCAAAAAAAGCCCUUUGUCUGCUGCAGGCAUGCCCAAGUGCAUACCCAUAGCCAAGCAGCUGGCAUCAAUAAAAGCUCUAGGACAAGGCUCAGACCUUGAAAAAGCUUUUGCUACAGUGGCUUUGGUGUAUAACAACAAUGCUGACCCGGAGGGCAAGCUCAGCAGAGCUGAAACCAAGAGCUUGCUGCAAACCCAGUUUUGGCACUUCAUACAGGGCCAAGAAAACAAACCAAAAUACCUGGAGAUAAUUUCUGACUUGGAUGAGGAGCCAGAGAACAAAAUUGAUUUUGAAGAUUUCAUGAUGACAUUAGUCAUGCUCACUCUAAUGUCUGACCUCCUGCAGGAGAUCAAAAACGUGAAAACCACAAAAUGAUCUGUGCUUUAAAAGGAGAAAUAGCUCGGCACUUUAUAAGAAAGGCAUGAGUGAAUUACGCAGAGAUAUCAGCGUGUGCCUGGAUACCUCA